GCUUCCUCCAGACGGCAUAAGUCCCACCAAAGUCAAUCCCUCAAAGAAACAAUGGCUACUACAGGUCGUCCCCGUGCCAUGUCUGGCACCAUCCCCUCCAUGGAGACCGCCCACGAUCAGCUCAAGGACAACACAGUCAUCGUUGUCCUCGGUGCUUCCGGAGACCUCGCGAAGAAGAAAACAUAUCCCGCGCUCUUCGGCCUUUAUCGCAUGGGCUUCCUGCCCCGGGAUGUCAAAAUCGUCGGCUACGCGCGCACCAAGAUGGACGAUGCCGAAUACCACAAGCGCAUCACGUCCUAUCUCAAGGUCGCCGAUGAUGACGCGGACGGCAAGGCCAAGAUCGAGGAGUUCAAGAAGUUCACGUUCUACGUGUCUGGCGGCUACGAGGACGGGCCCUCGUUCGAGAACCUGAAUAAGUUCCUUGAGGAGAUCGAGUCCAAGUACCAGAGCAAGGAGCGCAACCGUCUCUUCUACCUCGCUCUUCCUCCCAGUGUCUUCAUCCCCGUUGCCCAGCACAUUCGUGAGCAGGCCUACUCGAAGGACGGCAUAAACCGUAUCAUUGUCGAAAAGCCCUUCGGCAAGGACCUCGAGUCGUGCCGUGUCCUUCUCAGCUCUCUCAAGCAGCACUGGACGGAAGACGAGACGUUCCGUAUCGAUCACUACCUCGGCAAGGAAAUGGUCAAGAACAUCCUUGUCCUCCGUUUCGCCAACGUCGCAUUGAACGCGGCCUGGGACAAGAACUCGAUCAGCAAUGUCCAGAUCACGUUCAAGGAGCCGUUCGGUACUGAGGGCCGUGGUGGAUACUUCGACGAGUUUGGUAUCAUUCGCGAUAUCCUGCAGAACCACUUGCUGCAGGUGCUCAGUAUCAUCACUAUGGAGCGCCCCGUUUCGUUCUCGGCCGAGGACAUCCGUGACGAAAAGGUCAAGGUGCUCCGUGCGAUUCCACCAAUUGAGCGCAGCGACACGCUCCUCGGACAAUACGUUGCGGCUAAUGGAAAGCCCGGUUAUCUCGAUGACGACACAGUCCCGCACAACUCCGUCUGCCCAACGUACGCUGCCACUACUCUCUGGAUUCACAACCCCCGGUGGGAAGGUGUCCCCUUCAUUCUCAAGGCUGGUAAAGCCCUUAACGAGGCGAAGGUUGAGGUCCGCAUACAAUUCAAGGACGUCACGCAGGGCAUCUUCAAGGACAUCUCGCGCAACGAGCUCGUCCUCCGUAUUCAGCCCUCCGAGGCGGUUUACCUCAAGCUCAACACCAAGACGCCUGGCCUGAACACCCGUGCGAUCCCGACGGAGAUGGACCUCACGUACAAGCGCCGCUUCACCGACAUCAAGAUCCCUGAAGCGUACGAGGCUCUCAUCCUCGACGCGCUCCGCGGCGAUCACUCGAACUUCGUUCGUGAUGAUGAGCUUGACGUCGCAUGGAAGAUCUUCACACCGAUUCUCCACUGGAUCGACGGCAAGAACGGUCCUGCGCCCAAGCCCGUUCCUUACCCGUAUGGCUCCCGUGGUCCCAAGGAGCUAGAAUCGUUCAUCGCGAAGUACGGGUAUAAACGGACUGUUGCCGACUACACCUGGCCAACAAUGAACGUCUCGAACCUCUAAGCUGUCGUCGCUGGCUUGUACGAGUAGCGUAGUCUUAAGCAACCUCUGUUGUAUCGGGAUAUCGGACGUAGACGUGGUAUGCACAGGCUCGGGGUCGCUGGUGUGAAAGGAUGCACGCAUGUAAUGUUCGGCCUCGCGACCUCUGGUCUCUCGAGAUGUAGACGAAUGAACCGCGAUUAGGUGUUGUGCUGGAACGUAUGACGUUCUAUAAAGGCGGUGCACUCCUGCGCUUGG